ACACAGACAGGAUAACCAACCCAUUUCCAUUCUUCUGCAAAACCGACAACCAUCCAUCUUCUAAUCCUGAGAAAUGGCUGCCAAAGUGAUUGUUGUUUCUUCUUCUGCUCUCUCCAUAGACUCUACUCUUUUAACCAAGCAUUACUCUCCUUCUUUCCCAACCACCAAGCUUUUCUCUCAUUCUUCUCCACCUUGCUCAGGAAGAAGAAGGGCAAUCCACUUCAGAGUUUCUGCAAAUCUUGGGGGAGGAGGAGGAGGAGAAGCAGGAGGUGAAGUCAAGAAAGGAGGUAAAAAGAAGUUCAUCACCAAAGAAGAGGAGCCAGAGCAGUAUUGGCAAACAGCAGGAGAACGGGAAGGAGAGAAUCCCAUGAAAACGCCGCUCCCCUAUAUCAUCAUAUUUGGGAUGUCAACACCAUUUGUGAUCUUGGCCAUUGCUUUUGCCAAUGGCUGGAUUAAGGUUCCGGUCAGGUGAUGAUACUACGGUUAAGAGAAAGCCACGCGCCGCCGCCUUCGGCCUUAUGCUUCCCAUAAUUGAGAAAUUGUUUAUCUUUGCACUUCAUUCUAGUCCUCUGAUCUUCACCCAAUAAUUCAAAUUAAAGAAUGUUAUUGAAAUUGCUUUGUAGCAAUUUCUAAUUUCUUGUUGGUUUCAUGCACUAUUAAAUAUUCACAUUGUAUAGCUAUUUGUUGAUGUUAGAAUUAUAUAUAUAUAUAUAAUAUAAUGUCACUUUAUCAA